GGUAUAAAUAAAGCAGUGGAUGAACACGUGCGUGUUGAGAGUGGAAACUCGAAGGAAAAGUAGAUUUAUUGCGCGCUGUGGACAAGUCAGCUGUCACCGGCAACCUUUUACCUUUCAUUGCCACCCAUGUUGUUGCCCACUCCUAUAAAUAAAGACUCGACUCUCUCCUCCACUUGCAACCCACUUCGCCUUAUCAUCACACCCCGCAACCCGGACCUUUUUCCAUAACCUUUUUGCCUCCUGUAACGUAUAAUCGUAACUGUCAGGAAGAAAUUAAAUUGUCAGCCAACCCCAAUGGCAUCCUCUUCUUUACCUUUCACUUCUGUGCCUCUGCAGUUUAAUUCACCGAGCAAAUCAUUAUCCUCGUCAACAAGAACGAAGUUGCGUACGCGUCGUGUGAUAGUCUGUCCGAUUAGAGCCUCAGUGUCAGAGAAACCAUCUGUACCGGCACCAUCGGUGAAGGUUUCAGAGCCUGGAGAAGCCAAGCUUCCGUUGAAGAAAGUUCCUGGGAAUUAUGGGGUUCCGUUUGUUGGACCAAUCAAGGACCGGCUUGACUAUUUCUAUAACCAAGGGCGAGAUGAAUUUUUUAAGUCGAGAAUCCAGAAAUACCAAUCAACCGUGUUCAGAACCAACAUGCCACCUGGUCCUUUCAUCGCUCCUAACCCAAAGGUUGUUGCUUUGCUCGACGGUAAGAGUUUCCCUGUUCUCUUUGAUGUGAACAAAGUUGAAAAAAAGGACCUUUUCACUGGUACUUACAUGCCUUCAACCGACCUCACGGGCGGCUACCGAAUCCUGUCAUAUCUCGACCCGGCCGAGCCCGAACACGCCAAACUCAAACAACUUCUGUUUUUUCUUUUGAAAUCUAGGAGAGAUAAAGUGAUCCCUGAGUUUGAAGCUUGUUACAGCGAGUUAUUUGAAACGUUAGAGAAAGAACUGGCGGAGAAAGGCAAAAGCAGUUUUCAGACAGCCAAUGAUCAAGCUGGGUUUAACUUCUUGGCUCGGGCUUUGUUCGGUUCAAACCCGCCUGAUACUAAACUAGGUGCUGAUGGUCCAAGCUUGAUUAGGAAAUGGGUACUGUUUCAAGUGGGUCCAGUUCUAUCUCUUGGUCUCCCAAAAUUUGUUGAAGAACUCCUAAUCCACAGUUUUCGUCUUCCGCCAUCUCUCGUUAAGAAAGAUUACCAGAGACUCUAUGAAUUUUUCUACGAGUCAUCUGGUUUCGUUCUAGAUGAAGCUGAGAAACUGGGUAUCUCACGAGAAGAAGCUUGUCAUAAUCUUUUAUUCGCCACGUGCUUUAAUUCUCUCGGUGGCAUGAACAUUUUCUUCCCCAACAUGCUAAAGUGGAUUGCCAGAGCUGGAGUAAAAUUGCAUACUGAAUUAGCACAAGAGAUCAGAUCAGCCAUCAGAUCCAACGGUGGGAAACUCACGAUGGCUGCCAUGGAACAGAUGCCAUUGAUGAAAUCCGUCGUAUACGAAGGGCUCCGGAUCGAACCUCCCGUCCCGUUACAGUUCGGGAAAGCAAAGAAAGACCUUCUGAUCGAGAGCCACGACGCAGUUUUCGAAGUGAAAGAAGGGGAGAUGUUGUUCGGGUUCCAACCUUUUGCGACAAAGGAUCCGAAAAUAUUCGAGAGAUCUGAAGAGUUUGUCCCGGAUAGAUUUGUGGGUGACGACGGGGAGAAGCUGUUAAAGCACGUGCUUUGGUCAAACGGGCCUGAGACUGAGAAUCCGACAUUGGGGAACAAACAGUGCGCCGGCAAGGAUUUCGUGGUGCUUGUCUCUAGGCUUCUGGUGGUGAACCUGUUCAGACGUUACGAUUCGUUUGAGAUCGUCGUCGGUAAGUCGCCGUUGGGGGCCGCCGUUACGGUAACGUCGUUGAAGAGAGCAAGCUUUUAGUUUGGAGAGAAAUUCUUUUUAGGUUUCGUCUAGGGUAUAUUUGGCAAGUUAUUAAUGUAAUUUGUUAGCAUGAAAUGAACUUAGUUGUCGACAUACUGUUUAUGGUAUCCCUCCCGAUACUUGAGCUAAGGCAUGGCGGAAACAGGGUGCAGAAGGAAGGUACCUAAGUUGUAUUCACCGCUUAUUUAUUCAAGGUCGAAUGCGAAAUGAUGCAUAGCGCUUCCAUAUAAUUGUGUUUACCUAUUUGUAUAAAUCUAAAUCCUUCUUGUGCUUAAAUUUUUAAA